AUGGGGCUGCAGCUGCCCUUGGCCCCUCCUGCCCUCUGGGUCCUCGCCAGUUUCACGCUGCUCCUUGGGCUGUGGGCACUGUGCACGGCUUGCCACAGAGCAGGCAGGUUGCCAACCGGCCUUCCCCACCCACAGUCACCGUUGAGACCGACCCAACUCUGCGCCCUCAGCAAGUCGGACACCAGGCUGCACGAGCUGCACCGGGGGCCUCGACACAGCCAAGCCCCACGGCCUGCCAGCAUGGACCUCCUGCACCCACACUGGCUGGAGGGGUACAGAGGCACCCCAAGGCCUCCUGCAGCACCCUCGGCUUUUGCACACCAAGAGCUUCCCCGGCCCCUGCCUGGCAUCGCCACCUUGGCCCCCACCGGCCCUGAGGCCACUUAUUCCAACGUGGGGCUGGCUGCACUCCCCAGAGCCAGCCUGGCAGCCAGCCCUGAGGUGUGGUCAGGGGCCCGCCUGACCAUCGGCUGGGCGAGGCCUGGGCCGGGGCUGGGACCCGUGGUGGCCGAAUAUGCCUGUGUCAAGAAGCUCAAGGGGACAGACAAAGGCCCCCAAGGGCACCAGGGGAAGGCUGAGGUGACCCCAGCCACCCAGGUGGACAUGCUGUACUCCAAGGUCAACAAGCCUAAAAGAAAGGAUACAGGGCCCACCACGGAGCAGCCAGACCCUGAGGAUGGCAGAUCGUCCUGGGGUCCCCUGCAGAGGGGCCGGGGUGUGGACCACGACCCCCUGGAAAAUGUAUAUGAGAGCAUCCAGGAGGUGGACCGCGAGCGUAGGAUCCUCCCCGGCCGGCUGUUAGCAGGAAUGGACACACAGGGCGCCAGCCCUCCAGCCACAGGGAAGACUUAG